AUGCAUAUCGAAGUAAGUAAUUUUAAAAGUUUUAAACUUUUGUGUUUCAAAGGCAAUUUAUGAAACUAUAUUUCCAAAAUAAUGGGCAUUACAGAAGAAUUCAUUAUUCCUUCAACUGUCCAACAAUGUGGGAAUAAUGACGACAUAAAAUUCUGUUCGUUUUAUAAUAACGCCAUGAACCGACUGCUGGAUAUUAACGACACAGCAAAUGUUUCUUGUCUUCACCGUUAUUUCAAGAUAUUAAAUGAAUAUUAUGACUUCUGGUGCCAAGUGAAAUUGGAUCUUCAGGGCUAUGAUGACGCUAUAAUAAAACUACUUAGAGAAUCUUUGUAUUAUAGAUGGGCUUUUGUUUACAGAAAUGCUACUUUGUUAUCAAGUGCUGUUGCAUUUCACUUUCGAAUUGCCUAUAAACAAUCGCCGAAGAAUAUUAAAAGACUGAUGAAGAAAAAGCUUAUGAAAAUAUGCUCACUUGGUGGUUGUGCGGCGUCAGAUAUUGUCGCAAUUGUCACAGAUCUGGAAUCAAUUGCUCUGAAAAGUGGUAUUGAAUUGGACUUCCGAGUCACGAUCAUAGAAUCAGAUGAACGAUGGAAAGCCACAUGCAUCACAAUCCUGAGCUGUUUGAAGCAGUUUCAUAAGGCGACGUGGAAAAUAACAUUCAUUCGAGGUAAUCUUGCUAAAAAGAAUGGUUGGAGUUCAGAAACUUUCAAUGCCAUUCAAGAAGCAGAUAUUAUAGCCAUGACAAGAUUCCUCUCAAAAUUUAAUCACAAGAAAAAGAUUAUGAAAAUAAUCUGCAACAAGUUACAACCUGGAGCCCUGCUCUUCAUCUUUGACCGUCCUCUAACAGAACUUAUCGAAUUUUCAUUUUACAUUACUGAAUCGGAUGGUUUUGAACUAAUUCACGAAGAAGUUUGUGAUCUUCACUCGCUUGAUGUUGAAGCAGUGAAAUACUUUAAUAAAUUACACGAGAAACAACUAGGAGAUUUGAGGCAUUUUAGAUCGAAUACUUCUUUUAAUUUGUUCGUCGGCGCUUGGCUAAAAACAUCACCAGAAUCACUCAGAAAAUGUCAUGACAAUAUACAAUGCAUAUUCCAGAACAAUUCGGAAAAAUACAACCCGAUACAGAACUUUCUGAGUUCAAGUGCUUUUACAACGUGGGAAAAUUUGUUUAUGAAAAAGAGAGAAGCAGAUGGUUGGAACUUAAAUGGAAUCAUGAAAUAUAUAGAGGACGAAAAGGUCAAAAGAAGUCGUCUGUUGAUAGAAUUUAUUGAAGAAAGGAAAAAAUUGGAAGAAAUGCAAACGAUUUUUUUACGCAAACUUCGGUCAUUAGAUAAAGACGAAAAAGAUGCCAAUGUAACUCAAGAAGUAUCUUUGGAAAGCUAUUUAAUUCAAAAAAGACAAUAUUCAUUGAUGAAGAAAAAUAUUUAUUAUUAUUCUUUUCAUUCACUUUAUUGAUUCUAUGCAUGAAUGAAUUCAUCAAGUCUUAUAGAUAAUUUGUAAUUAUAUAGAAAUUUAACCCGUAACUGGAGACAUGAAUUUCCUCACGCUGCCAGAGAAAUGGAGUCAAAAUGAUUCCACUGUUAUUUUUCUUUUAACUUGAAGGUACUGAGCAGAUGAUUGUAUUUAAGGACAAAAUACCACGUGAUAAUCAGAGCUAAUCAACAACGCGGAGUCAUUUUGACUCCCGUCUCCAGUUAAGGGUUAAAUGAUUGCACUGUAUGGAAUUUGAAACUGUAAAUGUACCAAAGAUAAUGUUAAAUAAAUUUGAACCUACAAGUAUCUAUUA